AUGGCUGCCACUCACGGUCCGCUCGCCGCCAAUGUCCGACCUGCUCCUAAGUCCUCCCUUGUUACCGAGCGCAGAUCUCUAGACUCUGCACGACCCCAUAUCUUGCCCAAAGACAUUAAGCUGCCGCCGUCACCACCAGGUGAAGAAGAAGAUGCCUUUGGCAACUCUUCUCCGCGACCUACAGCCAGUUCUCCAGGAAUCGUAUUUCCUCCAACAACUGCAAUCAACACACUCUCAUCAAGCGCGAGUGUUUCACUCCCGUAUCGACCUCGAACUCAGUCGCCCUCACGCCCCGCCAUGCGACCUCACACAGCAACCGGCGCACCCAUGAUGCAGCGAGCUCAUUCAUCACCAGGAGUUGACUCUUCUGGUAGAUUUGUCACACCUUCCUUCGUUACGCCACGCAGACCAACAUCCCCUCUAAACGGUGGGCGGAGAAGGAGUCCACUCCGCCCGUCCGUUGAAGACUCAUACAACUCUUGGAGCGGUCUAAGCAUCGAGCCCAAUAUUCCUGAAAACGAAGAGCUGGAAAUUACCUUCGACUCGGACUAUCAGACUUCACCAGUCCCCUCAUACUCGAACACAUUCCCACGAUCUAGGAGACGUCCAACAAGUCCACUGCACCAAAGUGCCAGUGCUCCCUCACUUUACGCCCGAGGCGGAAGCCCGGGCCAUUCACGCAGCGUAUCACCAUCAUUUGUGGCCUCCAAGUACAUGACCGAGCCAUACCCAACCUACUAUAGCUCUGCGUCAAGCGUACCCAGCACCCCAACUUCCAUUCGCUCCCGUUCGCCAUCAAUUAGCUCGCUUGAGACUAUCGAAGACACGCCAGACGCCGAGGAGCAGGCCAUGCUGGACGAGGAGGACGCUCGAAGAUCUGAAGAUGGCGACGGCGCCGACAUGAGAAGGAGAAGCUCACUGGAAAUACGAGCCAGCAAUCUACGAAGCAACAAGGAACGAAAGCGCUGGUCAGUAUGUGGAGCUGAAAGAAGGGCGGAUUUCUCGUUGGAACCCAUCGAAGAAUGA